AAAUUUCAAGGAGUCAUUGAACGCCUCAGUAUUGUUGUUUUUUCCGCUCUGGUGUGCAUUAAUGUGUACAGCAUUCAAGAGUUUGUUUUAUAGUUAGGUAUAUGGUUUAUACUUUCACAAAGUACACCAACAGUUCAGUGUUUAGACGUUUGCUCAAAAGUUAGAAGUGAAUGGUAGAUAAUUUUAACAGAAGCUUAGAAGAAGUCCGUCAUUUAGGGAAGCUAGCUGCCAGCUUUAACCUAGCUGACACAUCAGACUGUCACCUGAACCUGAACUGGGCUGGUCUGAGCUAAAAGCUCUGAUUAAAGGUCAAUAAUGGGGCUGACUACUCGAAUAGAGUGCAUAUUUUUCAGUGAAUUUCACCCCACUCUGGGACCGAAGAUAACAUACCAGGUACCAGAGGAGUACAUUUCUCGUGAGCUCUUUGACACAGUUCAGGUUUAUAUUAUCACCAAGCCAGAACUGCAGAACAAAUUAAUAACAGUCACUGCCAUGGGCAAAAAGUUGAUUGGGUGUCCUGUGUGCAUUGAGCAUAAAAAGUAUAGCAGAAACGCCCUCCUGUUUAACCUUGGUUUUGUGUGUGAUGCCCAAACCAACACAUGUGCCCUGGAGCCGAUAGUCAAGAAGCUGUCCGGGUACCUCACCACCCUGGAGCUUGAGAGUGGCUUCAUAUCAAAUGAGGAGAGUAAACAGAAACUUUUACCCAUCAUGUCGACCCUGUUAGAGGAGCUCAAUGCCACAGGAGCCUGCACCCUACCUAUAGAUGAGUCAAACACCAUCCACUUGAAGCUGAUUCAGCUCCGAAAAGACCCCCCCAUCGUCCAGGAGUAUGACGUGCCAGUUUUCACCCAGUGCAAGGACCACUUUAUCAAAUCUCAGUGGGAUCUCACUACUCAACAGAUACUGCCCUAUAUUGAUGGGUUUCGACACAUCCAGAAAAUCUCUGCUGAAGCGGAUGUGGAGCUGAAUCUUGUUCGUAUUGCUGUACAGAAUCUCCUGUACUAUGGGGUUGUCACAUUAGUAUCGAUAUUUCAGUACUCAAAUGUUUACUGCACAACCCCAAAAGUCCAGAACCUUAUAGAUGACAAGUCCAUUCAAGAGGAGUGCCUUAGCUAUGUCACUAAACAUGGUCAGAAGCGAGCCAGUCUCAGAGACGUGUUCCAGUUGUACUGUGGUCUGAGUCCAGGAACCACGGUGCGAGACCUUUGUUCUCGUUACUCACAACAACUUCAAAGGGUAGAUGAGAGGAGACUCAUCCAGUUUGGACUCAUGAAAUCUCUAAUCCGAAGACUGCAGAAGUAUCCGGUGAAGGUGAUCCGUGAUGAGAGAAGCCGACCGCCACGGCUCUACACUGGCUGCCACAGUUAUGAUGAGAUCUGCUGCAAGACAGGGAUCAGUUACCAGGAGCUGGACGAACGACUGGAAAAUGAUCCGAACAUCGUCGUAUGUUGGAAGUGACGUGACAUAAAUUGACAACAGAGCAACAGUCCUGACUGAAAGACACAGAAAUGCCUCGACCAAAGAUGCCUUUAAUGAGAGGAGGAGUUGUCUUUGAAUAGCAGUGAAACAUUUAAUGACAGUAUUUUGUCAUUUUUGUGUUCGGUUAUAGUUUUUAACCUAAUUUGUUUUUCAUGAAGUUUACUGAGGAUCCUAUUAUUAUAAUAUAGAAAAGAAAUACAAUAAAAUAUAAUAUAAAGAG